AUGGAGCAAAUAAAAUAUUUUCAUCAUUGCACCAAUAAAGAAAGUGCAAAAUUAAUAAAGGAAUAUGGUACAAUUAGGUAUUUAGCAGAUGAUUUGUUUUUUAAUGGGUCAGUAUCCGAGGUUAAUGCACCAAAGGUAUUUUUUUUAGAAUGUUAUAAAUAUCAAGGAAGAGAUAUUUUUAAAACAACAUAUCCAAGAGAUUUAAAGGUUGGGGAUGAAUCAUACAUGUUAAAAUUUCCAAUAAAGAAAAGUCACUCUAAAAGAUACAACUAUUAUUUAAUUGAAGAUGCUGGUGCAACAGAGGAGGUUAAACAUCAUAAAAUAUUCAUGGUUCAUAUAAAAAAUAAAGAAGGUUUAAAUUAUGCAUUAUUAAAAAACUAUAGAUUAUUGGAUAUUAACAAUAACGAAUAUUUUAUGUUUAAUAAAGAGGAUAAAAAAUGGUACACCAUUCAAUACACAGACGAAAAUAAAGUUAUUGUUGAUAUUGCAUAUUGUGGCAAAACAAUUUUUCCUAAAAAGAGCCCUUUUAAAAUGCAAUAUAUUACUGGAGUUGAAAAGAGAAAUUCAGUUUUUUAUGCAAUUCAUACAGAAAACAAGGAAAAGAUAGAGUAUGAUGUAAAAGAAAAAAAAGUAUUUUCAUUUACAAUUAAAACAAAAUUAAAAGAGGUUAAUUUAUUAUCUGGUAGGGUAAAAAAGGGUUCAAAAGAAAAUAAAUAUUUAUCAAAAUACUAUAAAACUUCAAUUAAAUGUAAAAAUGGGGAUUUAAAACAAUUCAGUAUAUGUUUUAAUGAAGAUGCUUUCAUUGAUAUUAAAGAUAUAGAACAUGUUACCAAAACUUGUAAAUUAAAAAAAAAUAAAUUAAAUAUAUAUACACACUUUAACCAAUUGGUUAUUUUAUCAUUGGUUUAUUCAAACUAA